GCACGCCCCGCCGCGCCCCGCCGCUCCCCGCCCCGCUCGCGCCCCGCGCGGGGCCGGCAGCGCGGCCCCCGCCUCUGGCCAUGGCCUCGGAGCGGCUCCCCAGCCGGCCCGCCUGCCUGCUCGUGGCCAGCGGCGCCGCGGAGGGUGUGUCCGCCGCCUCCUUCCACCACUGCUUCACGCUGGCCAGCGGCGCCUUCAACCUGCAGGUGGCCACGCCGGGCGGGAAGCCCAUGGACUUCGUGGACGUGAGCGAGAGCAACGCGCGCUGGGUGCAGGAUUUCCGCCUCAAGGCCUACGCCAGCCCCGCCAAGCUGGAGUCCAUUGACGGUGCCCGUUACCACGCCCUCCUGAUCCCCAGCUGCCCCGGCGCGCUGACCGACCUGCUGGGCAGCGGGUCCCUGGCCCGAAUCCUGCAGCAUUUCUGUGCGGCGAGCAAGCCCAUCUGUGCUGUUGGCCACGGGGUGGCCGCGCUCUGCUGUGCCACCAAGGAGGACGGGUCCUGGGUGUUCCAGGGCUACAGCGUGACGGGGCCCUCCGUGUAUGAACUGGUAAGGGCGCCCGGCUUUGCCGCCCUGCCCCUGGUGGUGGAGGACUUCGUGAAGGACGCGGGUGCCAACUUCAGUGCCAGUGAGCCGGACGCUGUGCACGUGGUGCUGGACCGUCACCUGGUCACUGGGCAGAACACCCGCUCCACUGUCCCCGCCGUGCAGAACCUGCUCUUCCUGUGCGGCACCCGCUGACCGUCACUGGUGCCCCCUGCAGUUGGACCCCACUGUUCCCUUCUGCCCUGGGCAGCUGCAUAGGUGUGGAGACACGGGUCUCCUGUAGCCUGCCCUGGCCGAGCAGGUCAGCUGAACCCAGGGUCCCCAGGGAGGUACCCGUGCUGCACCGCAGGACUGUCCACAGGGAGUGCCCCCUGCCCG